AAUUUAGUAACUACACAAUUUGGUAACUACACAAUUUGUUAACUACACAAUUUGGUUACUUCACAAAUUGGUAACUACACAAUUUGGUAACUACACAAUUUGGUAACUACACAAUUUGGUAACUAAACAAUUUGGUAACUACACAAAAUUGGUAGCUACAAAAUUUGGUAACUGCAAAAUUUGGUAACUACACAAAUUUGUAACUUCACAAAUUAGAUAACUCAACAAACAUGGUAACUACACAUAUUAGGGUACUAAACAAAUUCCAUAACUAGACAAGUUUGGUAACUAUACAAUUUGGUUCAGAGUUGUCCGGAACAAGGUGGCAGAAUAACACUAGAUAAGAAACCUCCUCUAAAAGACAAAACCAGUAAUUAAAACUAACUUUAUGUUACAGCGCCCCUGAUAAUUAGCUAUAGACUAAGCUACUAUGUGUAAAUAUUGAAUUAUCAAUUGUAUAUUGUCUGUAGUCUGUUUGUUUAUUUGUUUGUUUGUAACCAUAAACGUCAAAGCCGCUGAACGAAUCGGGCCCAAAUUUUUUGUAGGACCUUACCAUGAAAUUAGAAAAGGUUUGUGGGUGGUUGAAUUAAAAAUCUAAAAUAUUUACGGUUUCAAUUUUGUAAACCGGAAAAUUUUCUGGAAUAUUUAAUGUUAACUGUGAACAUUCUGGUUUUUAUUUGAUUUGAAACGAAGACUAUCCCGGAACAAAUAUCCAGACUAUUCCAUUUACAAAAUGGAAUUUUUUUCCGGAAUAAUGGAAAACCUUAUCUCCAUCUAUAGCGAUCUACAGAUUAAUGUUUUAGUUCCUCUUCCUAUCCUAUGAUAGUUUUUCUCUGCUGGAUCCACAAAUUUCAAAGUCCCCCCAUUGGAUAUCAAAAUCAAGUGUUAGAGAUGAACAAUAUCCACACAAAAGUGCAGAUCUCUUAAUUAUUAAAUUAAAGAUUGAAUCUAUUUUGAAUGUAUGUCCCUCACAAUAUAUAUCAGGUAACAAUUAGGAAUCUUUCCAAGGAAUCCGCGGAAAUUUCCUGGAAUCUUUUACAGGAAAAUCCACUGAAGUCGACAGAAGUUGGAGCUUUUCUCAAAAAUUUCCAGGGAAAGAUUAUCCAUCGAGAAAUUCCUGGGAUGGACACCAUACAGUGGCAGGGGUUUGGCCAUGCUGGAGAAUUUCUUAUGAUUAUUUCUCGGGAAUAUAUCAGAACCAAUUCUCGUAACCCAUUUCAAGGAAUUUCUCAAAAUGCCUCUUAUUCAGUUCCAAAAAAUUCUGUAAAAUUAGUGACCAAAUCCUGAGAAUUUCUCAGGAAUUUCCGUAGAAAUAUUUGGGAAAUAUUCUUUUGAAUUCUUGGGAAAAAUUCAGGAGAAAUUCUCAAGAAUUUUUUUAAAGACUAAGUCUCGUUUAUAGCUCCCCAAAAGUUCUGAGAAUUUCUCAGCAAUUUCCAGAGAAAUUCUCAGGAAGCAAGUUACCAAAACUGGAGAACUUGGGAAAAUUCAUCACUUUUGUUACCUUGGAUGUGGUUCGGACCUCAUAUGAGAAAUAUUCAUUCAUUCUUUACAAAACUUUAUAUGCAGAGUUGUGGAACAAUGCUGAGUUUGAUAACAUUCAUGCCCUACUGGAUUGCUCUACUAGCUGAGUUAGCUAUCGUGUACCAUUUGUAUCUGGCUUUGGGACUUUCCAUGGGAAUCUCAGCUUGCAGACUCCUUAUGAUUAUCCAAUUUGACAAGAUGAUCCAGUUCGAACCAGAGAAGUUUUGCCAUAGAUUGCUGACUACUCUACUCAUCCUGACUGUUGUGAUCAUUGGCUACCCUGCAUAUUAUACUAUCUCAAAUGGCGUGGUUGGGAUAAUCAUUGGACUUUUCACUGGAUUAGAGAGUUCCUCAACUGUUGGUGCGUUUCAGAUAAGUUUUAUAAUACUGUUGGCUGUAACUGUUAUUACAACAGUUGGUUCGUAUUUGUUUGGAAAGUACUAUCUGAAGAAGCACCACUCCACCAUCAGUGUGCUAUCAGAGACAGGAGAGGCUGGAAAAAAUAUGAUCAGCAUGAAGUCAAUCAUCAAAAUCAUCGGCAGUCUUUCACUUCUUUUUUUCAUUUCACUUGGAUUCUUAACAGUUGGUGGACAUGUUGAAAUUGCAGUGAUCAUUUUUGUAACAUUAUUCACUCUAUAUCUUAUCAAAUAUGUCCAAUCCCCAAAAAUAAAAGAUUUUUUCCAUCACAAGUUGUCACAGACAAAGACAAAGACAAAUGAAAAAUGGAUUGUCUUCAAAUCUUCAAUCUUAAGUUUUAAAAUGAACAAAGUUGGUGUUCAGAUUAUGAUUCAAGAAGCGUAAAUAUUACUUGCUGUCAAUAUUUUUUAAACUACAUUAUUUGUCUACUUAUUAUUAAUGUUUCUUUAACUGUUUAAUAAU